AUGGCCGAAGACUCGACGCAAUUUCCUGUCCUCCAGAAGGUCGAGACGGCUCCCGACGAGCUGGUCUCGCCGCACACACAGCCCCUGAAACUCAAGACCACCAUCAGCCCCACCCCAGGCCUGGCACAUCGCACGAACACGGCCUCUUCCGAUCCCGAAACUCCCUUCUCCCCCGUCCGCCGACGUGCCGAUUCUCGCGCCAACACAUUUCGAGCGGUCGACGAUUACGAUGAUAUUGCCUUCGACUUCGAGUCACACCGCCCAGGCUGGCAGCCCGGCUCUGAGCCCGGCUACGACCCUUCGAAGCCGGACGGAGGACACGCCUCGGUCCCCGCCCUGCACGCCGAGUGCGAGAUCACCGUGGCCGACUUCGACGAGGGCCGUGUGGAGAGCCGAUCCUUUGGCAACGAGGACUUUAUCGAGUACCUGCAGCGGCCGCAGCCCGCCUGGAGCAAGUGUCGCUGGAUCAACAUCAACGGCCUCAGCUGGGACGUCAUCCAGGCCUGCGGUCAGCACAAGGGCCUGCACAAGCUGGCCAUUGAGGAUAUCAUGAACACCCGCAACCGUACCAAGACUGACUGCAAGGGGCUUCAUGCGGGCGAAGAGGUGGAUGAGCGGCAGCGGCCCGGAUGCCGGAGCCAUGAAGGACUCUGCAGCCAGGACAGACCCGGAGAGGGCUUCGUGCCGGCGAAGACGGCGCACAUGUCUCGCCGUGACCGUGUCAAGGCCAAGCUCGGAUUCAGCGUCGAAGACCCCGACCUGACGCCAGACGACAGCAUUCUCGUCCGUACGCUGCAGCGUUACCAUGCCUCGCCGAAUGAGGCUCGUACCGAUUACAUGGAGAAGCACUCGUCGCUGAACUCGCGUGACCUUGCCGUUAGUGCCGAGCAGGUCUCGAUCUUUCUCACCUCAGACAACACUGUCAUCUCGUUCUUCGAGGUGUCGGCUCGCGACAUCGAACGGCCGAUUGCGCUGCGUCUGUCUACCCCCGGCACGAUUCUGCGGCAGUCGUGUGACGCGUCGCUCCUCGUCCAGGCCAUCAUUGAUGCCAUUAUCGAUCUGGCUCUUCCUCUGACGGCUGUCUACCAAGAUGUCAUUGGGGAUCUCGAGCUCGACGUUCUGACGUCGCCUAGCAUCAAGCAGAGCAGACAGUUGUACAUCUGCAUUUCCGAGAUCAACAAAAUGCUCACGUUUCUGAAUCCGAUCGACAAUGUGGUCAACGUCUUGCGCGAUCACGCGACCGACCUACGUCCCGACAUUGCGGCGCGCGAGCUCCAUAACCCGGCCUCGGGCGUCAUCGUCACGCCUCUGACGCACACGUACCUCGGCGACGUCCUCGAUCACUGCGUCAUCAUCACGGAAGCCAUGGAGCAGAUCAAGCGCAGCGCCGACAACCUCAUUGACCUUAUCUUCAACACCAUCUCGGCGAACCAGAACGAGAGCAUGAAGCAGCUGACUGUCAUCACAAUCAUCUUUCUGCCGUUGACCUUCAUCACGGGCUACUUCGGCCAGAACUUUGAGCCGUUCCCACAGCUCGCCUAUGGCAUUCCUUACUUUUGGAAGAUUGCAGCGCCCGUCGUCUGCAUCACCGUGACGGUCAUGAUGCAGGGCUGGAUCCGGCAGUGGAUCACGAAGAUCUUGGCGAGGAGACAGAUCGUCGCGGCCAGAAAGCGGGGCCAGAGGAAGAGGAGAAAGCAGGCAUAG